AGCCAGUUGUGAGAUUACCAAGGCCAUGUGUCCGGACCAGUGUUCAGGGCACGGCACCUACAACGCAGAGACCAGCACCUGCACCUGCGACCAGAGCUGGACCGGCCCUGACUGCUCUUCAGAGGUGUGUGAAGUGGUCUGUGGCAGCCACGGCGUCUGUUACGGCGGCGUGUGUCGAUGCGAGGAGGGCUGGACAGGAACUGUGUGUGACCAGAAGGCCUGCCAUCCACUGUGCAGCAAGAAUGGAGUGUGUAAGGAGGGGAAGUGUGAGUGUGACCAAGGAUGGACAGGGGAGCACUGUAAUAUCGCUCACAAUCCGGACAUUAGAGUAAAAGGUAUUGUGCUCUUUUCUCUUCUUCUCCUCAUCACUUGCUUUUUGUCGUCGUCCCUUCUUCCUUUGCCGUUCUCUCCAUGUGAAGCUGUGGCUGCUUCAGUGGUUAUUUUAUUUACAUAUUUAUUGCGAACUUAUUUUUAAAUUUUGGAUGCCUUG